AUGGAAAAGCCUGUUGUCUUCGACUUUGGUUCCCAGUCGUGCCGUGUCGGGUUUUCCGGGGAGUCAGUCCCAUCGCACAUUUUUCCCACUUUUGUUGGCCUUCCCAAAGAAACUUCGACACUCAAACCCGACAUGUACGUCGGAGAAAUCUUGAAAGAAAGACGCCGCGACUUCACGAUCUCCUCGCCUGUGAGAAAUGGAACAAUCGAAGACAUGUCGAUGGUCUCUGCAAUCAUUAAACACUCUUUUGAAGUUACUGAGAGUUACGGUUCACCCGUCUUAUUGACUGAACCGGCACUUAACCCAAAACACAUCAGAGAGAAAACAGCACAACUGAUGUUUGAGCGCUUUAAAACGCCACUGUUGUACUUUUCAAUGCAGCCGAUACUCUCACUCUUUGCUGCGGAAAAGAUUGAUGGGUUGGUCGUUGACUCUGGAGCCGAUGUGACGCAGUUUAUACCCGUCUAUGAGGGUUUUGUCAUUUCAAAUUGUGUGACAAAGCAAUAUUUGGCUGGAAACGAUUUGCUUGAGUAUUUGGUUUCGACCAUUGGAGAGAAACGGGAUGUGAACGUGACAACUGCCGCCGCCAAAGAAGUUUUGGAACAACAAGUCAAGAGAGAGUGUAUUGUAGCAGUUGAUGUGUUGGAUGUCGUUCGUCUUUCUGAAGACCCAGAACUUGCUCGGACGUAUUCAUUACCCGAUGGCACAUCUUUCACCAUUGAAGAAGAGCGCUUCUUGUGUCCAGAAGUCCUCUUCCAACCGCAACUAUUUGUGAGUGGAGACUCUAUGGUACAAGGUAUAGACACUGCGGUGUAUGAUACAAUCAUGAAGUGUGAUAUUGAUUUGCGACGAAGACUAUUUGAAAACAUCUUGUGUGUUGGGGGGAAUACGAUGUAUCAAGGCUUUGCGGAACGCGUGCAAAAGGGUGUUCAGACGAUGGCGAAUGAAACGAUUAGUGUUUGUGUCGAAGCUCCCGAAGAUCGAAUGUAUUCUUCUUGGGUGGGUGGAUCGAUAUUUGCGUCUGUUGCGCAAUUUGACAAAUUGGCGAUCAACAGUUUUGAAUACGAAGAGUUUGGAGCGGAAAUUGUGAAUAAGAAAUGCAAAUUAUCGCACGACUGA